CGGGGCGGGCACCCACCCAGCCCUUGUGUCCCUUAGCAGGGGACAUGGCCCCGGUGCUGUGGUUGUGGCUGGCAGCCCUGCUGGGCUCGGCCCGGGCGUGCCCCGAACCCUGCGCUUGCGUGGAUAAGUACGCCCACCAGUUCGCCGACUGCGCCUACAAGGAUCUCCAGGUAGUGCCCACUGGGCUGCCCUCCAACGUGACCACCCUCAGCCUGUCGGCCAACAAGAUCACGGCUCUGCAGAGGCGCUCCUUCCUGGAGGUGACCCAGGUGACGUCCCUCUGGUUGGCGCACAAUGAGAUCCGCACCAUCGAGCCCGGCGCCUUCGCCAUCCUGGUGCAGCUGAAGAACCUUGACAUCAGCCACAACCAGAUCGUGGACUUCCCCUGGCAGGACCUCUACAACCUCAGCGCCCUCCAGCUGCUCAAGAUGAACAACAACCACAUGGCUGCGGUGCCCCAAGGGGCUUUCCACACCCUGAAGGACCUGCGGUCUCUGCGCAUCAACAACAAUAAAUUCACCACGCUCGCCGAAGGCAUCUUCGACUCACUCAGCUCCCUGUCCCAUCUGCAAAUCUACAACAACCCCUUCGAGUGCUCCUGCAAGCUCCAAUGGCUCAAGAAGUGGAUGGACAGCACGCUCAUCUCCAUCCCAGAGAAGGAAUCCAUCACCUGCAGCCUCCCGGAACAGCUCCGUGGGAUGCCGGUGGGUAAGAUCCCAGAUGCACAGUGCACCUCACCCUCUGUGCAGCUUACCUACUACCCCAACCUGGACACCACGGAGCUCUUUGAUGGCUUCACCUUGACGCUGCACUGUGCCGUGACAGGCACUCCACCACCCGAAGUCAGCUGGAAGAUCCGCACCUCCAGCCAGACCCUGGAGCUCAGCGGCAGCCCAAGCGAGAGUGCAGGGAAGGACCCCCCCAAACAGGACCCUGAGCGCUUCUUGGUCUUCAAGAAUGGUACGCUGGUUAUUCCUCACCUGAGCAAGCGGGAGGAGGGCACCUACACCUGCCUGGCCACCAAUGAAAUGGGGAGCAACCAGACCUCGGUCAAUGUGGCUGUGGCUGGAUCCCAGAAGUACCCGCUGCAGCCUGGCAGGGACCCAACGGGAGGCAAAGCACAGCCAGGUGACAAGAAGCCUGGAGCCAAGGGAGCGAAGAACAGUGUGCUCACACCCGAUGAGAGGAGCAAACCCCUCAGCCCCACCCGGCAGAGCCACCCAUCCUCAGCAGCUGGGAUGGAGCCCACGGGAGACGGGAAAGUCCCCUUCCAGCUUCCUCCCUUUGAGAAGAAGUGUGGCUCCAUGCCAACCAGCAGAUACAUUUCCAACCAUGCCUUCAACCAGAGUGGUGACUUCAAGCAGCACACCUUCGACUUGGGUGUGAUCGCCUUGGAUGUGUCGGAGCGCGAUGCCCGGGUGCAGCUGACGCCCACCUACGUGCAGCCCGACAAGGUGCAUCUGAGGAUGCUCUACCUGUGCCAGGAGAGCAGCCAUGGCCACGCCUUGGUACAGUGGUCCAAGAUCGAGGAAGGAGUGAACUCAUACUGGUUCCAGGGCUUGAAGCCUGGCACCAAUUACUCGGUGUGCCUCACUUACCUAGGGGAGGACUGCCAGGUCCAAGUGGUCUUCACCACCAAAAAGGAGAUCCCCUCUCUCAUCAUCAUUGUGGUCGUGAGCAUCUUCCUGCUGCUCCUGGCCACCCUCCCCCUGAUGGGUGCCACGUGGUGCCACCUCCUCUCCAAGUACCAGGGCAAAACCUACAAGCUGAUCAUGAAAGCCCAGAACCCAGACCAGAUGGAGAAGCACAUGGCUGCCGACUUCGACCCCCGCGCCUCCUACCUGGAAUCCGAGAAGAAUUACAACCCCAGCGAGGUGGGGGAAGGGGAAGCAGAGGAAGAGGACGAGGAUGAGGAAGAUGAUGACGAAGGAGGCAGGCGGAGGAGGAGGAGAGAAGCCGAGGAGACCACGGAGCUAGAGCGGGAGGAGAGCGUAGCAGCCAGCUCCAUGGCGGAGUCGCAGUCCAAAGCCAACGGUGAGGAGUUUGAGGUGCGCUCCGAGUACAGCGACAAGCUGCCCCUGGGUGCCGAGGCUGUCACCAUCUCCCAGGAGAUCAACGGGAACUACCGGCAGCGUCCUCAUCAAAAACCCGAGGGAAAGGCUGAACGGCAGCUCCGAACCUCGGCUGGGCGCCCGCAGUUCUGUGAGUUUGACCCCGAUAUCAUGCGGGACAAGGGUGGAGGGGAAGGUCCCGCUGCGAGCCCCCCAGUGACCCGCUCCGAUCCCGCUAAUCCCAUCCCCCGUACUAUUUUUAACCCCGCUCACGGCUUCGGUUGUCGCUUGGCAAGCACACACAGAUCCCCUGCUGGCUACUCUCACGGCCACCCUCACAUCCCCUGUCUGUCCUCAGGAGGAAGGAUGGGGCCGCUGCUGUGCUGCCUGGGCAUCGCCGUGCUGCUGUGCCGCGGGCUGGCCUGCCCCGGGCCCUGCUCCUGCUCCACCAAGAAGAACGGGCGCCUGCUGGCCGAAUGUGCUUACAAGGAGCUGCCCGAGGUGCCGCGGGGACUGUCCCCUAACGUCACCAUCCUGACACUGUCGGCCAACCGCAUCAGCUGGCUGCGGCGCAGCGCCUUCGCCGAGGUGCCCGAGGUGCAGUCGCUGUGGCUGGGUUACAACCAGAUCGGCGGUGCCGAGCCGGGCGCCUUCGCCAUGCUGUCACAGCUGAAGAACUUGGACCUGAGCCACAACAAGAUGGUCACCUUCCCAUGGCAGGACCUGCGCAACCUGAGCGGGCUGCAGAUCCUCAAGCUGAACAACAACCGGCUGGCCGGGCUGCCCCGAGAUGCCUUCCAGGCGCUGGCGGAGCUGCGCUCGCUGUGGCUCAAUGACAACCAGCUCACCACGCUGGCCGAUGGCACCUUCCACCAGUUGCCCUCGCUGUCCCAGCUGCAGCUCUUCAAUAACCCCUUCAACUGCUCCUGUAAGCUCUUCUGGCUCAAACGCUGGGCUGAGAGCACCUCGGUGUCCUUCACCAAGGGUGGUUCCACGCUGUGUGCGGCACCGGGGCGGAUGCGGGGCCGGGCGGUGACCGACAUCCCGGCGCAUCAGUGCGUGGCCCCAUCAGUGCAGCUCACCUACCUGUCCAAACUGGACAACACGGUGCUGCCCGAUGGGCUGACACUCAGCCUGCACUGCAGCGUGGCGGGCAGCCCCCUGCCCCAGAUCCGCUGGAGGAUCCAGACCCCUGGGCGCGGUGUUGAGAUCGAUGGGCCCAAUGUGGCUCGGGAUGGGAGCCUCUCCCCAUCUGGGCGCAUCAAACAGAGCCAGGAGCGCUUCUUGGUCUUCAAGAAUGGCACCAUGGCCAUCCCCAAGUUCAGCAAGGAGGAUGAAGGCACUUACACCUGCAUCGCCAUCAAUGAUGUGGGCACAAGAGAGGUGUCGGUCAAUGUGGCCUUGGCAGGAUCAGAGAAUCCAGCUGAAGACCUGCUACAGGAUGACCCCCAUGCCAGCCCACUCGGGGGACGGAGCUGCUACAAGGGUGAUGAGAUGGAUCCCGUUGGUGCUGGGGAGAAGCUGGUCAUCGUCUACCACGUGCCAAGGGAGGUGAAGGGCACGGCUGGAGGAGCUGCACCCCAGGUUGGGCUGGUAACCCUGCUGCUGGCCUUGGGCAUCGUGCUGGGCUGGUAAAGGGGAGCAGAGACUGGUGCCAGGGCUCCCUCACUUUCUGUAUCAUUUACCUUCACAUAGUGCCACGUGUUUGCUGAGCUUUUGGAACUGCAGGCGGGCGCCAGAGUGGCCGAGAGCUGCGCCCAGGGCUGGUCCAACCCCUGCGUACAUAGGGGCAGGGCUGGAGCUGAGAGCUCCAUCAAGGCUUGGGUGAUGUAGGGUAAAUCCACACUGUGCUGUUGCUCCAGGGCCAGACAGCCUUACGUGGGGUCCUUUAGGGAAUGGAGGCAGCACAGUUCUUCUUUGUGUGAUUGAUAUGGCAGAGGAGGUGCAGAGCAACCGGUACCAGGCAUGGAUCAGGCCACGAGGAGCAGGCUAAGCCUUUCCUGCAUAGGACUGGUUGGGUGAGGGACUACCCAUGGUGUCUGUGCCCUCCCUGUGUCGCAGGGCCAGGCCCUGCCACCUCACUGUCUCACACAUCUGUGAUGCAGAUGUUUUCCCCUACAUUCACCACUGGAGCCCACAGUCCAAACGCCUCGGCCGGGCCGGUCCCACCGAGCUGCACUGCUCAACCCCACAGCUUCAGCAGGGGGAACAGAGACCAAAGAGACCACAUGAAACCAAUUAUCCCAAAGUGCCUUACAUCUCUGUAGGACAUCCACGCUGUGCCCCUGGUGCUGUGGGCUCAUGGUGGGACCGCCGAGCAUCCCUCAUGUUUUCUGCUAGCGUGUGCCUGCAGGAGCUAUGCAGACUCCUGUAGCCUUGUAACCUAAGCUGUGCCACCAACCGUGUACCAAGCACAAUAAAUACCUUUUGUAAACCA